AUGCAGAGAAUACCUUAUAGGUUGACUGGUGGCACAGAGAUUGCAUAUGUGAUCCGGCGAGUCGAACGUAACCAGCGCCCGACGUCCAACGGGGAGUGUCCCUGGUCCAUUCGUCAGACGGGUGUUUACCACAAAUUGACAUAUCCGCAUGAUGGAUCAGCAAGCUCGUCGGUGUUCAUUCUGAUCGCGCCCUCCCGUACUAUUGAAAAUGAGGUCUCUCAAUGCCUCCCCGGAAGCCCAUCCGAGGGGGAGGUCAUGAAGCCGCACUUCUCUAUUCACGAGAGACUCAUGGCUGAUGGCCUCAGCAGCUGGAUGGAUUACAUGGCUUGGUUAGAGUCUGAAUGCAAGCAAAAGGCCGACCGACUCAUUGUCUGGGAUGUCGAAGACCGAGAUAAACAUUUGACAUACUUCAAGGUGGACGACAGACAGCGCCUUAAGCAACUGGGAGAUUACAUAACGGAUUUGAUUGUCAUCCUUCAGACUGCUGUGAACACCAUCGGUCGCAUUGGGAAGAGCUGCCAACGACACUGUCAACUGAGCUGUGGUGCCGGGAAUGACUGUUCCUGCAGCUCCAUGAUCGGAGAGCUUAGCGAAUAUGAAGAAGAAUCCCGCAUUUACCUGGAACGGGCCAAGGUGUUACAGGAGCGGGUUCAAUCAACAGAGCAACUGUUGACCGAUCUACUCAGCUUCGAGGAGACGCGAGCCUUGAAGCAAUUGGCACGAGCAUCACAUGUGGAGACAAAAGCUUUGAAAGAACUGGCCCAGACUUCUCAGGAGGAAAGCCACCACCUCGCCGAGCUUGCAAAACGGAGUGCAGAAGACGCUGCGGCUGUGAAAAUGCUGAGUCUUCUUGGCCUGGUUUACCUUCCCACCACCAUUGUAGCGAACUUCUUUUCUACAGCGUUCGUCAAGAUUGAUGAACAGGGAGGCAUAUACAUAUCACCCUGGGUUUGGAUUUUGGCAGUUAUCUCAGUUCCCUUAACGGUAGCUACGGUCUUUCUGUGGAUCCUUUCUGUGCGAUAUAGUGACUCAUCUUGGUUUCUGAAGGUGACUCGGAUUCGGCAUAAACCAGUGUCGCACAGGGAGGGCGAAGAGGCAGACUUGGAACGGGGCAGGUUGCGAGGCCAAACGGAGACUGACGUGACCCAGGGCAGGAUGCCCUUAUUCAGCCUGAUGCGCCCGUCUACCUAUGCCACCACCACGACGAAGGCCGAUUAA